GGGGUCAGAGCCCGAGUGCGGAUGCCCAGCAGCUCUCAGCCUGAAAGCCAAGAGGGGUUGUUGCUAUGGGGAUGCAGAGGGGGCUCGCAGGCAGCAUCUGGAGCCUGUGUCUUUCCCAGUCCGAGGCAGCUGGAUGUGGAGGGAAGCAAAACUAAAAGGAGGUGGCAGAGAGAGAGACAGAGGCACAGCAAAAUGCAUGCAUGUUAGAGGAGGGACCUUCCCAGAAUGAGAGUACAGUGGGAUACAGAAGAGCGGGGACACCAAACUGUCAGCCAGCGGUGGCUCGGCCGGGUAGGAUAAACCCGAUUUUCUGCUCUGAUUGGCACUGGAAACAAGUCCGGGGAGAGCCCAGCUGUGGCAAGAUGGGAUCUGCCUCCUCGACUUACCGGCCCAAAUGUAUUUAUUUGGACAUUGAUGGAAGAAUUCAAAAGGUGAUCUUCAGUAAAUACUGCAAUUCCAAAGAUAUUAUGGACCUUUUCUGCAUUGCAACGGGGUUACCAAGGAACACGACCAUCUCCCUUUUGACAGCAGACAACUGCAUGGUGUCCAUCGAUCCCACGAUGCCUGUGAACACAGAGAGGUCUCCAUACAAAGUGAUCCCAGUUGUGACUGAGCAGCUCUCAGAGAAAGAAGAAUUGUUCCAGAAUUUAUUGGGACAGAUUGCUGAGCAGUUCUCGAGGGUUUUUAAAAUCAAUGAGCUGAAAACGGAAGUAGCUAAUCACUUGGCAAUGCUGGAGAAAAAGGUUGAAUUGGAAGGCCUGAAAGUGGUGGAGAUCGAGAAAUGCAAGCGCGACAUUAAAAAGAUGAGGGAGGAAAUGGCAGCAAGGAGCAGCAGGACUAACUGUCCCUGCAAGUACAGCUUUUUGGAUGAAAACAAGAGGCCAGCUCCCCGGCGGGAUGUACCAGCCUACCCAAAGUACAUGCUGUCCCAGGAGACCAUCGAGGCUCUGCGGAAACCAACCUUUGACGUCUGGCUGUGGGAGCCCAACGAGAUGCUGAGCUGUUUGGAGCACAUGUACCACGACCUUGGGCUGGUAAAAGACUUCAACAUCAACCCUAUCACAUUGAAGAGGUGGCUGCUGUGCAUUCACGACAACUACAGAAACAACCCCUUCCACAAUUUCCGGCACUGCUUCUGCGUCACCCAGAUGAUGUACAGCAUGAUCUCGCUCUGCAGCCUCCAGGAGAAAUUUUCCCAGAUUGACAUUUUGAUUCUCAUGACUGCAGCAGUGUGCCAUGACCUGGACCAUCCUGGCUAUAACAACACGUACCAGAUCAACGCGCGGACGGAGCUGGCCGUGCGCUACAACGACAUCUCCCCGCUGGAGAACCACCACUGCGCCGUGGCCUUCCAGAUCAUCUCCCAGCCAGAAUGCAACAUCUUCUCCAACGUGGACCAGGACCAGUUCAAGCAGAUAAGACAGGGGAUAAUUACAUUAAUCCUGGCUACAGACAUGGCGAGACAUGCAGAAAUACUGGACUCUUUCAAGGAAAAAAUGGAAAACUUCGAUUACACAAAUGAAGAACACAUGACCUGUUUGAAGAUGGUCCUGAUAAAAUGCUGUGACAUCUCCAAUGAAGUCCGCCCGAUGGAAGUAGCAGAGCCCUGGGUAGAUUGCUUACUGGAGGAGUAUUUUAUGCAGAGUGACCGGGAAAAAUCCGAGGGGCUCCCGGUGGCGCCGUUCAUGGACCGCGACAAAGUGACCAAACCCACGGCACAGAUUGGGUUCCUCAAGUUCGUCCUCAUCCCCAUGUUCGAGACAGUGACAAAGCUGUUCCCAGAAGUGGAGGAGGUGAUGCUCCAGCCUCUGUGGGAAUCCAGGGACCACUACGAGGGAUUAAAACAGAUAGAUGACGCUAUGAAAGAGCUGCAGAAACAGAAAAGUGAAGGUUUGACGACCGGCAGUACCGAAAAGUGAGACAGAACAGCCUUUGAACAAACAAACCACAAGCCUUGAUGCUACUCUGGUUUGAGAAAUGCUGUAUUACCAAGCAGAGGUGGUGGCUACGUCAAAAUCCAAGUGGGACCAUGCAGGGAGAGGUGGCAGGGAUGGAUCCACAGCCUGCAGCCCCCUCACAGACGUGCUGCUGCCGUCGGACACCGCGCGCUCCCCAGACUCCGGCGUUCCCUCCACAGCCUCCUGGCAGGAUUCCCCAGGCUCCUGAAUUCCCUCGACAGCCUCCUGGCAGGAUUCCCCAGGCUCCUGAAUUCCCUCCACAGCCUCCUGGCAGGAUUCCCCAGGCUCCCAGCAGGACUCUCCCUGCGGACACUGCCUGACCUUCAGCAGAUCUGCCUUCGUGGUGACCAGAGACAAAUCAGAGCUCAGCUAAGGAGCCUUUUCUGGGAAAUGAUCCACUGGCACCAGGAGCUGUUUUAGUCAAGAUACUCUCUAUAUGUGUACAGCAGUCUGCUAAUGACAGCACAGCUCACCAGAUGCUUAGACACUGACAAGGGUCCUGGCAUACAUUUUUGUUUGCCUGGUAGGCCCUAAUGACACAUUUCUCUUCAUUAUUCCCUGAAUUUUAUAGUGUUCACAGUACAUUCAGAAGCCCAACAUAGUGGAUGCAAUUUUCUUUUUUUUUCUACACUAAAAGAAAUCAGAAGAAACCUUUGAGAGUUUGUAGGGUCACUUUGUGGCUGGACACCAUGAGAUCCUUCAGCACGAGCAAGGAAGGGAGCACAAAGCUGAAAAAACGAUGGUGCAAACACAUUUUUAUCCUUGUUGAUGCAAAAAAAACCCCAACAAGAGACACCUUCAAAGAUGUACAGAUUUUUUUUUAUUAUUAUUACUUUUAAACUGAUCUGCUAAAUAAUAUAUUCUUCUACAGAAAUGGGUGCUAUUGUUUCAUUUUGUGUAUGUGUUCACAUGAGAACUGCCCAUGUUCCUAAAGAUCAAUGCUCCCGUUAUGAAUACAAGGGAAGGGGCUGUACAGGAGAGGGGAGGGGUGGUUUUCCUUGGAGGAGAAGCCUUAGAAAUAUUCCUGUGGUACAUCAUGAAGAGCUUCAGUUCCAUUGGUGGUUUGGGGAUGGUUGGGAGCCGAGCUCUGCCCGGGUGUUGCAGCUGUGUGAACACAGUGCUGGGGUUGAUUCCUGUGCACCACCUCACCAAAGGGAAGGCUGGAAUAAAUCCCCCACGAGAAUCAAGCCUCAGCCAUGCUGCUCACCUGGUUUCUCCCAGCUGGGAGAGGUUGUCCUCCCUGAGGGUUUCAGGCCCCAUCAUGGUGUGGCUGCUGGGUCCAGGAAUUCUGUGCAUCCUGGUGUGCUGGCAUCUCCCACACUGGCACUCACAGGCAUGGAUGUUGCUCAGGUUCCCCUUGGGUCCCCAGCUCUGCAAAGCCCAAAGCUGCAGCUGGUUUGUCAGAAAGAUGAGCAGGAGGGGGCCAACCUUUCCCCCCACAGCCCAAGAAACACUUUAGGCAGCUCAGCCCCUCUGGCAGGUCUCCAGUACCAGCCCUGAAUAGCAAAUCCUGCCUCCUGCUCUGGAAAUUCAGAUUCAUUCUCCUGUUGUUUCUGCACAUUAAUCCUGAGUUUAACUCUCGUUUCUCCCCCCAGUGCCAUUUCCCAUGUUUGGUCUCUUUCAUUAGCACAAAACUAUUAUUUCAGUUACUCUCCAGUCUCUCAGGGAGAUCCAAAUUACCUCAAAACUUCCAUCCCUCUGCUCUGUUCCUACCUGGAAGUUUCCAGACACCCAGGACAGACUCACAGCUAGUUCUGCCUGCUGUCUC